AUGCUAGGGCUCCUCAAGAAGGCUCUGGAGAGCAAGGUAUAUGGGCUGGAUCAUGCAGUGCUCAACGUGCGACUGCCGCCUGAGACUAUGUGGAUGAACAUGGGAUACUGGGAGGACACUCAAAACUUCCCAGAGGCCUGUCAAGCUUUACUUGACCAGGUUCUGCAAGCUGGUCUCUCUACGGAGACGGCGCAGUCAGUGCGAGUUUUGGAUGUUGGAUGCGGAUGUGGUGACCAAUCGGUCCAUAUUGCAAAACUCAAGAAGGAAGCAUUUUCUUAUUCUACUACCGCCACAUCUCAAUCCGGGUUUGGCUCCUCGACCGGGACCUCCGAGUCUGUCUUGCAACGGAAGAGCAAUGGGAACGAGUCGUUCAAGUCUCUUGUCGAUAAUUACGUAGGUAUAACCCUACUUUCUUCUCAGGCAGAGAUUGCCCAACAGCGAAUGCGCUCGUAUAAAGAGCAUAAUAACGAUGGAAAUGUCCGUACCUCCGCGGAUGUCUAUUGCGCCGAUGGAGCCGACCCCUCCAGUUGGACUGGAGAAUUGAAAGAUUCCAUUUCCAACAUGGGCGAUACCUCGCUCGACCCGGAUACAUCUACUUGGCUAUUGGCCCUUGAUACGAUGUACCACUUCCAGCCAUCACGACUUCCUAUCCUUUACUAUGCACAACAUACUCUCCAUGCAUCCUUUAUGGCCUUUGAUCUCCUCCUCGCGGAUAACACUUCCUGGUGGCAACGUCUUAAAAUGCGGCUAGUCUGCUGGGUGACUGGCUCGCCUUUCACUAACUUCCUCACUCGAGAGGAGUAUAUACGUCUCCUGGUCGCGGCUGGCUAUGAUCCGUCCCGUAUUGAGAUCAAGGAUAUUUCUCGUCAUGUCUUUCCUGGGAUUACGGACUUUUUGGGUCGGCGGAUACGAGAGGGACAGCUUUAUGGUAUCAAAUUGGGGAAGUUCCGUGGGGCUAAAACUGUGUUUGGAUGGUGGGCUCGAAGUGGGAUUGUUAGAGGUGUGGUGGUUGUUGCAAGGAGGUGA